UAGUGGCUUCUCUUAACAAAAUCCUUGAAAUAGUACUUCUUUCUAGGAUUUAAAUAAGCUGUGCAAAAAUGCUGCUUUCAGUUAUGGAUUUCAGCUGUCCUAUCAAAAUCUGCCUUGGGGUAUAUGAGUCUCCCUUGACAUGAUUGAUGUGCUGUAAAUAUCUUAUCAUGAUUCAUGGGGUCAUCCUAUAAAUGAAUGUUAGAUAUGAAAGUGUGUCCAGUAUAAAAGUGGAAUAAUUCGGUACUAGUAGUUUAAAAUCAAAAUGGAAUCGAUCAUGAAAUACAGUCGUUGGAUGUCAGAUUUACCGCAAUGGGUAACAAAUGUACCGAUCAGCUGUUUAGCCAUACCAGGGUCUCACAAUUCCGGCACCAGAGACCUUGACCCUGCUUUGGGCACUGCCGUGGACCAAACGCCCAGUAUACGGAGGCUGGGAAACUCGUGUUGUGGUCAAAGAGUCGUACACAGAUGGUCAAAGACACAAAAUUUGAGUAUUAGCGAGCAGCUGCAUGCAGGUGUGCGGUACUUUGACUUUAGAGUGGCGGUACAUCCGGACACAAUGGAGUUUAGAUUCGUGCAUGGAUUAUAUGGCGGUCUUGUACCCCUGGCUUUACGGGAUAUAAACACAUUUCUUAAUCAAAAUCCAUACGAAGUAGUCAUUUUAGAUUUCAAUCAUUUCUACAACAUGAACCAGACUGCACACCACAUGCUUCUAGCUGAGGUACGAAAUGUAUUUGGCCAUAAAAGUGUACCUCCGCCCUUCUCUACCCCAAACUAUAAGAUGUGGGGAACAAGCCUCAGAGCCUUGUGGCAGACACCAUACAGGGUUAUAACUAUAUACCAUGAUGAUAAUAUUGUUCAGUAUCCAGAAAUAUGGGCUGCAAGUACAAUAGAAUCUCCUUGGGCAAACACGGGUGACCUUGCAGCUCUUAUCAGGUUCCUUGAAACGAAUUACUCUAAUAAACUCAGGUACAAAAAUGACUGUCUAUACUCGUGGCAAGGUAUACUCACUCCGAGUCAUAAACACAUUGCCUUUAACCUCGGUUCGAGUCUAGAAGGAAACAUGGCCUCCAAAGCAACACGUGAGUUUGUCAAAUGGUUGAAAAGCGGGAAAGUUCCAGGUCCGCAAGGAAUAAAUAUAUGUAUCGCCGAUUUUAUUGAGAAACAUGACUUUAUACAGACAGUGGUAGGACUAAAUCAGACCAUUACGGAAAUACCGACAACAUUUUAAAAAAAAUUGUUUAUUCAAAGUGCAAUAUAAAUAGUUUCCUUGUUGUGUAUUCAUGUUAACCUGUGUAUAUACACCACGGACACAUAAAGAUCACUAUGUUAUUGAAUGAAAGCUGAUUGAUAUUAUUGACUUUCUAAGCAUGGUCUUUACAUUCAAAUCUGUGCAAAACAGCAUCAGUGACCUCUAAGGACUACUAGUUUCAUAUGGAAAUGAAACAUUUCAGUUUCUUUUAUUUUUAUAGCUCUUUGGGAUAAAUAAGAGGAAAUAUGACUAUUUUAAGAGCAUCCAUUGAACAGUGAAGAAUUUCAGUAAUCUAUCUUGUAGCAUGUAAAUAUAGUACAAGUUACUUUAAAAGAUGAUGGACACUAACCUAAGGGAGUAUAAGCAUGAAUGGGUCAGUUGUGAAGUUAUUUGAUAAGAACUUGGAAACAGUACUUGAACACUUGAACGCCUGAUUUAACAUGCCAGUUUCCCCAAUAGUCAAACAUUUGUAUGCUUUAUACAGAUAGAAACGCUUAAGACUGCUUUAGCUUUUAUUAGAAGUUUAGACAUUAAGUUAGUCAAUAAUGUAUACUUAUCUUCUUUGCAAUGGUAAAGCAAGAAAUAUUUCAUACGUCAAAUGCCAUUCACAAAGAAUUGUUAUAUUAAAGAGAAUGGACAAUUUUCUUUUAUAUGCCGCGGGUUGAGACAGUAGAAUAAAUAAAAUGACACUAUAGUA